UCUGCCUUUUCUUCACCCCCUAUCACCCCAAUCCCUGACAAUUUUCUCUCUCCAUUUUAGUCCCACCUCCCAGAGAGACAGGGAGACAGAGAGAGAGAGAGAGAGAGAGAGAGAGAGAGAGAGAGAGAGAGCAGCCACAUCUCCUCCUCUUCCUCCUCUUCCUCCUCUCAGCUCCCUUCUCUCCCCCCACACGCUCAUUCUCUCUUCCCUCGGAUGCAGACUGGAUGCAGACGGGGGGAUUUCCAGCAGCUUCCUGAGUCUGUCCUCCCUCUCCUCUCCUCCCCUCCUCCUACUCCUACUCCUCUUCCUCCUCCUCUUCCUUCAAUAAUCCGGACCUUCUUCUCCUCUUCUCCUGCUCCUCAUCCUCCAGGAUGUGGCACUCGGUGGCUCUACUCCUCUCUGGAUUUUUUGCUUUGAUUCACGUGUCACUGCAGGGUCCUCACCAGAGGAACCUGCUGAAGAACCUCCUGAAGGACUACAACCGGAUGGAGCGGCCAGUGGGCAAUGACUCCCACCCUCUCACCGUGGUCUUCUCCCUCAGUUUGAUACAGAUCAUGGACGUGGAUGAGAAGAACCAGGUCCUCACCACUAACAUAUGGCUACGGAUGAGUUGGUUCGACCACUACCUCCAGUGGAACCAGAGCGAACAUCCCGGCGUGAAAAACCUCCGCUUCACCACCGAUCAGGUGUGGACGCCGGACAUCCUGCUGUACAACAGUGCAGAUGAUGACUUUGACUCCACCUUUAAGACCAACGUGCUGGUGAACUCCAGUGGCUACGCCGAGUAUCUGCCUCCAGGAAUUUUUAUGAGUACAUGCAACGUGGACGUGCGCUGGUUCCCCUUCGACAUCCAGAGGUGUGAGCUGAAGUUCGGCUCCUGGACGUACGACGGCUGGCUGCUGGACCUUCAGAUGAACGAUGCCGACAUCUCGGGCUACAUGCCCAACGGAGAGUGGGACCUGAUCGGCGUUCCAGGCGCGAGAAACGAGGCCUUCUAUGACUGUUGUAAAGAGCCGUACCCGGAUGUGACAUUUGUUGUGACGAUCCGGAGGCGGACACUCUACUAUGCCCUGAACCUGCUCAUUCCCUGCGUGCUGCUGUCUUCCAUGACUCUGCUCAUCUUUGUGCUGCCAGCUGACUCUGGGGAGAAGAUCUCGCUGGGCAUCACAGUGUUGCUGUCUCUCACCGUCUUCAUGUUGCUGGUUGCAGAGAUCAUGCCGGCCACAUCCGACUCCGUCCCUCUCAUAGGUCAGUACUUUGCCAGUAUAAUGAUCAUCGUGGGGAUGUCAGUCAUCGCCACAGUCAUCGUUCUGCAGUAUCAUCACCACGAUCCAAACGGAGGAAACAUGCCCAAAUGGGUUCAGCUGGUUUUGCUGCAGUGGGUGGCCUGGUUCCUGCGCAUGAAGCGACCAGGAGAGAACGACGACCCGGAGCGCCCCCCCUGCGCCCCCCACUUGCGGCGCUGCUCAUCGGGCUCCCAGAGCGGCAGCAUCCCGAACCCUCCAGAUCCCACCCUCCACCCGCUGCACCCACAGAACCUGGGUCCCCUCCAGACGGGGCCCCUCCACGCCGGGCACCCUCACCUCCACACCCAGUCGAGCGCCAACAACAACGGGAACCUUCUCUACAUGGGCUUCCAGAGCAUGGACGACCCGUCGAUGCUCUCCGAGGCUCUCCAGAGGAAUAACCUCUCCUCAGGGCGAGGAGCAGGAAGCCCGCCCCCCCACCUCCCGUCUCAGUUCUGCAGCUCCCCGCCGCCUCCUACGCCCAAUAUGGAUACUGUAGGCUGCCCCAGCACGGUGUCCAGCGGAGGCGGCUUUGGAGGGGGACCAGGGGGGCUCGGAGGCUGCUCGUCCGCAGGGAUCGGAGACCCCCAGCUGCAGGCCAUCUUGGAGGAGGUGCGUUACAUGGCGGACCGUUUCCGGGAGCAGGACGAGACUGAAAGCAUGGCCGACCAGUGGAAAUUUGCGGGCGCUGUAAUCGACCGUCUGUGUCUGGUAGCGUUCAGCGUUUUCAACAUCAUAUGCACCAUCUCCAUCCUCAUGUCUGCUCCAAACUUUGUGGAGGCUAUGUCAAAAGACUUUGUCUGAAAAGAAAUCAGGAAAAAAAAAAAGAAAGACCAGAAAGCGCAAAGGGAAGGAUGACGGGAAUGAAAUAUAGGAUGAAGGAUGGAGUGGGCCUGGAUCCAAGGGAAAACAAUUUCCAGUGGACUGUUGGCUCUGUGAUUUGCGAUUGGGAGAGAACUGGAAAAAAAAUACAAAUGGUUUUCUUUGCAAUACAUUCUGUUUUGUAAGUGAAAUAAAAGCAGAAAAACGGA